AUGGAUACGACGGGAUCUGCCACGAGAGACGAGGAUGAAUUCUCCGAAUUCGAGCCCGACGAGGAGCUGGUGUGCUCGGUAAACGAAAUAACUGAGCAUCUUGGUAGAAACAUAACAGUGGUACUUGAGUCGGCACUAUCCGAAAUACGAAAUAUUGUCAGUGUUCGAAUCAGGGUACUUAAAGCAGAGCUUAGAGAGAAAACAGAUGAAAUCGAACUUCUCAAAGCAAGACUGGAGGUGGUAGAGAAAGAGGGAAAAGAUGCCAACUCAGGCUUGCUCUCGGAGCCUUCAGGUCUACCCAGGAAAUCGGAGUAUCAUCCGGGACAGAAACACAACCAUGAUCAAAAGAAAACGAAGCAGGGUAUCCCCGUCGUUAAAAAAGAGAACAUCAACGCGAUUUGUGAUUAUUUGAUGAAAGACAAGAACUCGCGGGGUGGUAGCGAAGCGGAGAAUGACCAGAAUAAUCAGGCCUUUAACUGCUAUAAGGACUCUGGUCACGACCCGCAGCCUCACGCAUCUCUCAACCUCUGGAUGGACAGCGGGGUGAGUGCCGGGGGCUCCGGAGAAGGCGAAACGGAUUCAACUUCUGAAGAUAUCUUCAAUAUGUUACCGUCAGGUAGCAAACGGAUUUACGAUUACGACUGGAUGACAGGCGUGGAGUUAAACUCAGAGUUUAAGGGAGUCCAAGUCGAGCCAAAAUCCGAGAGCGCCCCAUCCUCAGGCAUGGCUGAUCAAGAUGAAGGGGAAGAGGAGGAAAACAGUGACAUGGCUCAGUCCUCAGACAUGCAUCCACCAAAGUUCCCACUUGUCCCACAGGGUUCUCCUGCCCAGAAUGAGAGUAGCCCAGGGGAUGGUAGUGAAAAUGGGACAACCCCAGGCCAGCAGUUUGCUUCUCAGACAUACAUUUGUGCUCUCUGUGGGGUUUUCUGUCCUGACGGCUCAUUUUUGGAGGAGCAUUUGAAGCUUAUGCACCCAGAUGAAAGCUCCCCGGCGUUGCAGUCCACGUCCGGCGGAGAGGGGAGCAGGAGGGUAGACGUGGGGCACGGCUCGAGGGUGGGAGGUGUCGGACGGGGUGCUCGGGAGAAGAAAGUGGAAGGCGGCUACGAAUGUGGCGACUGCGGCCGACAUUUCAACUACCUGGGUAACCUGCGGCAGCACCAGCGUAUUCACACGGGUGAGAAACCCUUUGUUUGUCCUGAAUGUGGGGAGCGUUUCCGCCACGCGGCCCGGCUUAAGAGCCACCGGCUGGGCCAUGCAGGCGCCCAGAGCCCCUUCCCCUGUCCGCAGUGUGGUAAAGGCUUCCCCGUUCUCUCGGGCCUCAAGAGACAUCAGCGCGUUCACACCGGCGAGAGUCCCUACGAGUGUGCGCAAUGCGGACGUCGCUUUAAAGAGCUGGGCAAUCUGUACACGCACAUGCGCAUUCACAGCGGUGCGACUCCUUACUCCUGCUACCAGUGUGGGCGCAGUUUCCGUCACCUGGGCACAUAUAAAAGCCAUCGUUGUUUGCCGACCUCCUAAACAUGCAAGCAGGCGAAUACCUCCAAGUCGAGGCUGGGCUUGCAUACCGCGGCACCGAGGUUCUGACUAAAGGAUGAAGGGCAUCGGAACGUUCAGCAGC